AUGGCUGAGAAGGACUCGGAAUUUUUCUCCCACAAAAUCCCCUCUUCUUUUCAGGUUGUGGAGGAAAUGAAGGAGCUAUGGUCAAUGGCUUUGCCUAUAACAGUAAUGAACUGCCUAGUCUACGUGAGAGCUGUGGUGUCAGUCUUGUUUUUGGGGCGGCUUGGCAGCUUAGAGCUAGCCGGUGGUGCCCUUUCAAUCGGCUUCACGAACAUCACCGGCUACUCCGUUUUAGUAGGCUUGGCUUCGGGGCUGGAGCCGGUUUGUAGCCAAGCCUACGGUAGCAAAAACUGGGAUUUACUAUCCAUCUCUCUCCAGCGUAUGAUCUUCAUUCUUUUCUUGGCCAUUAUUCCAAUUAGUCUGUUAUGGGUCAAUCUGGAGUCAAUCAUGGUGUUCUUGGGUCAAGACAUUGAAAUUACGAGAAUGGCCUCGGUUUAUUGCCUUUAUUCACUCCCAGACUUACUGACCAAUACGUUAUUACAGCCCCUGAGGGUUUAUUUAAGGUCACAGGGGGUGACUAAACCCCAGCUGUGGUGUACCUUUGUGGCUGUGAUAUUCCACGUGCCACUAAACUAUGUGCUUGUGGUGGUGAUGGGGCUGGGGGUCCCUGGCGUGGCCAUGGCUUCGGUGCUAACGAACCUGCAUAUGGUGGUGCUUCUGGUGGGGUACGUGUAUGUCUGGGGGAGGUGGGAGUGGAAAUGGAUGGCUGGGAUGGGAGAAGGGAUCUGUGGUGGGGUGGGGCCGUUGCUGAAGUUGGCUGUGCCAAGUUGCAUUGGGAUAUGCUUGGAGUGGUGGUGGUAUGAGAUUGUGACAGUCCUGGCUGGAUACUUGCCCAAUCCUAGGCUUGCGGUGGCUGCCACGGGGAUACUUAUUCAGACCACUAGCCUUAUGUACACUGUUCCCAUGGCGUUGUCUGGCUGUGUCUCUGCCAGGGUAGGCAAUGAGCUCGGGGCGGGGAAACCGUACAAAGCGAAGCUAGCUGCAAUGGUUGCGCUAGCCUGUGCAUUUGUUAUCGGAUUUGUCAACAUUAUUUGGACCGUGAUGUUUAGGCAUAAGUGGGGUGGCUUGUUUACAGAAGAUGACAUGCUCAAGGCUCUUGUUGCCUCAGUUUUGCCAAUCAUCGGGUUGUGCGAGCUUGGCAAUUGUCCACAGACCACUGGCUGUGGUAUUCUACGUGGUACAGCGAGGCCAGUGGUUGGUGCUCGUAUCAACCUUGGCUCGUUCUAUUUCGUGGGCACUCCUGUAGCUGUAGGCUUAGCCUUCUGGUUCCAUGUUGGCUUCAGUGGACUAUGGUUUGGGCUAUUAUCUGCUCAAGCUGCCUGUGCCAUCUCAAUUCUGUAUGUAGUGCUGGUCUGUACAGAUUGGGAAAGCGAAUCUUUAAAAGCCAAAAAGCUCACUAGCUUGGAGUUGACACAGAAGCAUGGUAAUGAUGAAGAGAAAGGACUUUUGAUGAAGCAGAAUGGACACACAGAAGAUGUUCCCUAAUUAAAAAGAAAAAAAAAAGAAAAAUGAUUGCAGGAUUUUUCAGAGGUAUGGAAAUGUAAAGUACUUUCCAUUUUUUUUUUAAUUCCUUUGUGUUUCAGUUGCACUUGUCUGUAUGGGAGGAACGUUUAUGACACCUUUCUUGAGUUUUGUGAUCUAAAGGCAUGGGAUUUUUGUAAAAGGGGCUUCUUUGUUUAUACUUGCAGACGAAGAAUGUUAUGGUGGCCCGUACGAAUUUUCCAUUGUUUAAAGGCUAGAAACCAAAUUUUCUUUGCUUUUUGUCUGUGUUAGUGCUGUGCCUUUAUAAGGUAGACCCCAUCCUUCUUGGUGCAAAAUGUGUUGGUUACUUUUGAUUU